AUGCUUUCACAACCUGCCCAUGAUGAUUCGAGUCGAAGUGUUGAAAGUAGCCGUUCGUACUAUCUUUUUAUUACAGACGAUUCAUCAUCACCACCAUCCACUAGUACUACUACUACUACUCAUAGUAUGAACACAAGAUCAAUCUCAUGUCCGUUAUUCACAAACAAUACUUUUCCAGAGAAUCAUUUUAGGAAUUUGUGGUCGGACUGGCAACGAGUGUUGAAAGAAUUCGAUGGAAGAGGAACUCAUGAAAAAGCAUGGAUUUUUCAGAUUGAUUGUGCUUGGAUUGAUGAAAAUAGUUUUCAUUCAGACAUUUCUUGGGCCACCUUCACAGAUGAUGGAAUUAUUGUUCAUUCCCAACUUGAGAGAAGAAUGGUCCCAACGAUUUCUAGCUCUUUUAGAGUAAGAAAUUUUGAUGUCAUUGGCAAUCCAGGUUACUCUGUCUAUCCAUAUGCCAAUGGUCACAUGCCUGUUGAAAUUCUUCCUCGAUUAGUAAGAAUGUGGAAUGAAUUGCCACCUGAAAUUCCCUUAAUCUGGCCUCGAAAUGUCGUUUCUGAGAGGUAUCUCAAAAUAAUGUUGGAAUUGAGAGUUAUUUCGGGGAAUAGAACUCUGGUCGAUAGUGUCAUUGGUACUGUCAUUCGGGCAAAGAAGGUAUUUAUCUAUCAUUCAGAUACCGAUUUUUAUCCAAACAUGAAUAUCAUGGAGUACUUGGUUUUAAAUAGAAAAAUUGUUGCUGGAAUGGCGAGAAUGUUUGGCGAGGUUUCUCUCACAAGAACAAGCAAAAUUAUUACACUCAUUCAUCGAAAUGCCAGAAUUAGAAAUGUCAAAGAUCAUCCCUUGUUGCUCGAACACUUAAGACAAUCAUUUCCUCAACAUGUCCUUAGAAAAUUUAUUAUACCUGACACUAAUCCAUCUGAAUAUUUAAAACAGGUUGCUCGAUUAUUCUAUGAAAGUGAUAUUGUUAUUUCACCACAUGGAGCUUCAUUAAGUAAUAUCAUCUUUUCCAGACCAGGAAGUGGAAUUAUUGAAAUUGGUUGGGGUUCUUUACCAAUGGAUUAUAUGUGCUUUGCAAGAAAUAUGAAAUUGAAAUACACACUCGUUUGUGCAGAUGGACAUCAUCAAAGUGAUUUGGUAGCUCCAUUUAAUGAUGUCAGUGCUGCUGUUCGAUUGAUAUUAAGUGAAUUAUACAAAUGA